AUGCGCCUUGCGUCCGAGUUCCAUGGCAUCAAUCCUAGAGUUUCAGCCCUGGAGAACAGUAGCGAAAUCCCGGCUCUAGACCCAAGGAGCUCGGAUUUUGACGCGUAUCAGUGGUUGAAGGCAGUCUCGCACGAUGCCAGGGAGGCCGGUGUAAGAUUUCAAAGACUUUCCAUCUCUUUCAUCAAUCUGUCUGUGUCUGGCUUCGGACCUUUGGCACCGUUCCACGCAGAUGUGGCUUCGAUAUUCAAGGCACCAGCCAACCAUAUCAAGUCUCGUAGACAGCCUCCUCGAACCAUAUUAAAUGGAUUUGAUGGACUGUUGAAGGCAGGAGAGAUGUUACUAGUACUGGGAAGGCCGGGAAGUGGUUGUACCACAUUACUGAAGACGUUAGCAGGACAGACGCAUGAUCUGAGAUUCGACGGGAAUUCUCGACUAUCUUACAAUGGACUAGCACCAGAUCAGAUGAUGGAAGAGCACAAGGGUGAGGUCAUCUACAACUCUGAAGGGGACAACCAUUUCCCGCAUUUGACCGUGGCGCAAACGCUAGAGUUCGCAGCCACCCUUCGCACACCCCGAAACCAUAUAGUAGGUGUUUCAAGGAACGAUCAUAUCAGACAGGUGGUCAUGGUCGCCCUAUCAAUAUGUGGUCUUGCGCACACGGAACACACCAAGGUGGGAAAUGACUUUGUUCGUGGAGUGUCUGGUGGCGAGAGAAAGCGUGUGAGCAUUGCCGAAAUGAUACUGGCGCUUUCAUCUGUCGGACUCUGGGACAACAGUACUCGUGGCCUGGACUCGGCGACCGCGUUGGACUUCAUCCAGGCACUGAGAAUGAGUGCUGACAUUGUUGGGACCGCUCACGCUGUGGCCGUCUAUCAAGCUUCACAAGCAAUCUUUGAUACCUUUGACAAAGUCACAGUCCUUUAUGAGGGCCGGCAAAUCUACUUUGGAGCCGCGCGUGCUGCAAAAGCAUACUUUGAGGAAAUGGGAUGGUUAUGUCCCUCUCGUCAGACCACAGGCGAUUUCCUCACUUCCAUCACAAACUACAAGGAGAGAAUCCCUCGCCAGGGUUUUGAGGAUCUUGUCCCUCGAACACCCGAGGACUUUGAGAAAUAUUGGAGAUCAUCCCACAAUCGUACAGCGCUGAUCAAGAAGAUAGAAGAGCACGAGCGUGAGAUGAUUGAUCAUGUUGUAGCACGUGAUUAUAGAGCCUCUCGCCAGGCUGCAAAGUCUGGACAACUUCUUAAAACAUCCCCAUAUACCGUUAGCAUACUGGUCCAGAUCAAAGCGUGUACUAAGCGUGCCUACCAACGACUUUGGAACGACAAAGCUUCAACAUUGACGGUUGUCCUUGGCCAAAUCAUCAUGGGGCUGGUCGUUGGUUCCGUUUAUUACGGCGUCCAAAAUUCCACGGGCAGUUUCUUCGCCAGGGGAUCGACCUUGUUCUUCGCUGUGUUGCUCAACGCUCUUAUCGCCAUUACAGAGAUCAACAAUCUGUACCAACAACGACCGAUCGUUCAAAAGCACACCUCAUACGCCUUUUGUCAUCCAUCCGCCGAAGCAUUGGCAGGAGUAAUCUCCGACGCCCCCAUCAAGCUGUUCAUCACCUGUUGCUUCAACCCAACCCUCUAUUUUCUGGCGGGACUUCGCGCAGAGCCCAGUCAAUUCUUCAUUUUCUUCCUUUUCACACUCUUGGUUCGUUUUACAAUGUCCGCUAUGUUUCGUUCGUUAGCUGCGGUGACUCGAACAGUCUCACAAGCUCUUGCUUUGGCAGGUGUGCUAGUGUUGGCCAUCGUCAUCUACACCGGGUAUACUAUACCUCGUUCGUACAUGCAUCCUUGGUUCAAGUGGUUGACAUGGAUCAAUCCUUUGUCCUACGCAUUCGAGGCUUUGAUGGUGAACGAGUUUCACGGAAGGAACUUCACCUGUGCGAGCUUCGUCCCGACCGAUCCAGAUUUUUCUACCACAGCUUUCAUCUGUGAUGCUGCGGGGGCAGUCGCCGGCCAACAGGCUGUCUCGGGUGAUGCAUACGUCCAAGUGAGUUUCGGAUACCGCUACACCCAUCUUUGGCGAAAUCUCGGAAUCGUGAUCUCGUUCUGGUUGUUCUUCCUCGUCUUAUAUCUUUUCGUCAGCGAGAUGAGCUCUCCAGCGAUAAGCACAAUUGAGCGCCUGCUCUUCUUGCAGAGAAGUAGCGAAACAAAUGACCACGAAGUUGCACAGCUUGUUGGGAGAAAAGAUCAGCGACCCGCAGAAAAUGGCCCCGGCAGGAUUGCCCAAGAUGCACGACCAGUCCAGCUCGCUCCACAGCGCAGCAUAUUCAGCUGGCGUGAUCUCGUCUACGACAUUCAAAUCAAGGAACGUCCAAGGAGGUUAAUAGAUGGUGUCUCUGGUUGGGUCAAACCAGGAACUCUGACCGUACUUAUGGGGGUAUCCGGAGCUGGUAAAACAACUCUGUUAGAUGUUCUUGCUCAGCGUAUCUUCAUACAUGGGGUCAUGUUGGUCGAUGGAAAACCAUUGAAGCCAAGCUUCCAACGAAACGCUGGUUACGUCCAACAGCAAGAUGUUCACCUUGAGACCUCUACAGUACGAGAGGCUUUGCGAUUCAGCGCUGUAUUACGACAAUCGAAGAAGACCUCGCUUGAAGAAAAGUACUCUCACGUUGAGCACAUUAUCGAGAUGCUUGAUAUGUCCGAGUUCUCCGAGGCCAUUAUUGGCAUGCCAGGACAAGGGCUCAAUAUCACGCAACGGAAGCUGCUCACCAUCGGAGUCGAGCUGGCAGCAAAACCGGAAGUCCUGAUCUUUCUCGACGAGCCGACCAGCGGUCUUGACUCCCAGAGCGCGUGGGUUAUCGUCGCACUCCUUCGAAAACUCGCUGAUAGCGGACAAGCGAUACUCGCCACCAUACAUCAACCCAGUCCAAUUCUUUUCCUUGAAUUUGAUCGGCUACUGUUCUUGGCCAAAGGCGGGAGGACAGUGUACUUUGGCGACAUAGGUCCUAAUGCCGAGACUCUAAUUGACUACUUUGAGCGCCAAGGGGCCAGAUCCUGUAGGACGACAGAGAAUCCCGCAGAGUACAUCUUAGAGCAAGUCACCAUUGGAUCUGAUAGAGAUAGGGAGAAAGAUUGGCCUGCGUUAUGGAACAUGAGUGAUGAAUGCUCAAACAUGAAAACUGAACAAACCCGACUACAGCGAGAAGCGGAUACCAACGGUAAUGAGUUGUUUACUGAAGCCGAUAGCGGUGAAUUCGCCGUGCCCUUUUCAACACAAGCUUUCUACACAACGCUUCGUGUGUUCCAGCAGUAUUGGCGCACACCAUCUUACAUCUAUGGAAAACUCCUGCUUGGUGUAGCUUCUGCGUUUUUCAUCGGGUUCUCAUUCUUCAACGCAGACAGCUCGAUCCAGGGCCUGCAAAACGUUGUGUUCAGUAUCUUCAUGCUGACUUCCGUAUUGAGUUCGCUCGUUCAGCAAAUCAUGCCACGCUUUGUGUCGCAAAGGUCGUUGUACGAAGUUCGUGAAAGACCAUCAAAGGUGUAUUCGUGGGCUGCAUUCAUCCUCGCCAACAUUAUCGUUGAGUUUCUGUACCAGAUUGUCCUGGGAGUCCUCGUUUACGCAUGUUACUAUUAUCCUAUCCUCGGUAUCCAAUCAUCUGAACGCCAGGUCCUCAUCCUUAUCUCUACCAUACAGAUAUUCGUCUUCGCAAGUACAUUUGCACACAUGGUUAUUGUUACCCUACCAGACGCCCAGACAGCAGGAGCUGUUGCCACUCUCUUGUUCUCGUUGACCAUGAUAUUCAAUGGCGUUUUUCAACCUCCACAAGCACUUCCCGGUUUUUGGAUCUUCAUGUAUCGUAUCAGUCCUCUCACGUACAUCGUUGGCGCAGUUGCUGGCACGGGUCUCCAUGGGCGUGCAGUUCGGUGCUCUACGGCUGAGAUGAAGAACUUUAGUCCACCGGCAGGAUCGAAUUGUGGGGCCUAUCUUUCAACAUAUCUUGUUGACGCCGCAGGGCAGCUUACGAAUCCUGAAGCCGAAACAAAUUGUCAGUAUUGCCCCUUGACGAUCGCGGACCAGUUCCUUGGAGUAUCUGAGAUCAAAUGGAGCGAAAGAUGGAGGAAUGUUGGAAUCGUGUUUGCCUAUAUCUUGUUCAACAUCAUGGCAACCUUUGGGCUGUAUUACGUGUUCAAAGUCAGAAGGUGGAGACUUCACGCACGGGUAAGUAAGAUGAGGGACUGGGCUUGGUCGAUUCUCGCAAUGUGGUUCGGGCAGGCAAUUUGA